AUGUCUGAGGACGAAUUUAUAUUAGUGAAUCGACGUAGAAGACGUAAAAAAUUCGAACAAGUUUUUAGAGACCAAUUAUCACUUACAGAAUCCAACGAAAUUGAAAUUGAUAAAGAAAUCGUAGUUCGAAAAUUAUUUGACGCAGUACCCAAGCUCAAAUAUAGUGUAUUUAAGACACACAUCUUGCAUAAUAUCUCAAAAGUUUUAAAGAUUUUAAAUACGAAUAAAAUAUUUGAGAUAAUCUGUUAUGGUUUAGGACGGUUUUCUCAACAUAAUUCUUCUAAGUAUCAAUUAGCUUUAUUAUUGUUAUUAAAAAGACAUUAUAAUUGUCAAGUAUCUUUAUAUGAUCCUGCAUUUCUUGCUAAAGAAAUUGAAAUUCUAAAAGAAUUAAAAUUAAACGUCAUAGAAACCAAUGAAGAGGGUAAACGUACUAUUAGCAACAACGUUACAUUUAUUUAUAUGCCACAUUGUCCAAGACAAUUGAUAAAUAACUUUUUAUAUUCCAAUUGGAACGAAAACUUGAGUAACUGUAUUCUACUUACCAAUAGCUUUUCAGAUAUAGUAGAGAAAAGUUUAAAAUGGCAUUUAAUGAAAUUUGCAAACUAUGUGUUACGUAUUUACCCAUACACGACAGAAAUUAAAUUACAAAAUGAUUUUGAAUACACAGAAGUAUUUUCUGCUACUAGUAUUCAUAUUUUUACUAAACAAAGUUUAAGUGAAGUAUCAUCCAAUUUUUGGGUUGAUAAGGAAAAUCCUCAUUACCAAGAAAAAGAUAUUGAAUUUAUUACUGCAGAUGAAACAAAUAGAUCAUGACAUUCAAGUACAAUGAAUUCCAAUAUCAAGAUUAUUCGUGCUUUAGCACAAGAAUUACGUCAUAUUUCCUUAAGUGAAAAACUAAAAGACAAUAUUACAAUGCAAUAUAUUUUGGAACAAGCAUAUUCUCAUAAGGAAA